AUGCUCACCCUCCGCACUUUCGCCCGCUCGGUGCCUCGCACUGUCUCCCGCUCCAUCGCCAGCUCCGCGCCGUCCGCUCUGCGUCCUGGGUCGACCAUCCCCAAGUCUUUGUUCCAGUCGCAAUUUAAGCAGGUCGCAAGACCCUCGUACGCUGCUUUCUCGACCUGCCGCGCUUUCAGGCAGGCUGCUGAAGGUGACGUUGAGCUGGUUGCUAAGCUUGAGGACGAGCUGAGCCACGAGAAGGCUUCCGGUCUGAAUGACCUGGAGACCUCCGUCCAGAACAUCCAGUAUGUUCUUCAGAACAACUCUUUCGAGGUCAAGGAUGUUCCGGGCGAGCAGGAGGUUGUGUUGACCAAGAAGUUCAACAACGAGGAGAUCCGUCUCACCUUCACCGUUGCAGACCUCCAGAACCUAACCGAGCAAGAGGAGUUCGACGACGCUCUUGGCGACGAGCUGGACUACGAGGGCGGCCACCAACCCGCCAACCAGGGCCGUGGUGGUAACAUCGCCCAGCACUCCGAGGACCGCGUCGCUCCCUCCGACCGUGAGAUGGACCCCUUAGACCGUGAUGUCGAGCCCAGCUUCCCUGCCCGCGUCAACGUCACCAUCGAGAAGCCCGGCAACGGCGCUCUUCUGAUCCAGACAGUCGCCCAGGACGGUCUCUUCCAGAUCGAGGAGGUUUCCUACUUCCAGAAGCCCGACCUUGCCCACGCCCAGACUGCCGAGAAGGACUGGGCUAGACAAAGCCUCUACGCUGGUCCUCCUUUUGAGAACUUGGAUGAGGACUUGCAGACUUUCUUGGAGCGUUUCCUCGAGGAGCGGGGUAUUAACGCUGAGCUUGCCAACAUGAUCCCUGACUAUAUCCAGGUUAAGGAGCAGAAGGAAUACGUUCGCUGGCUCGAGAGUGAGUGCCCGCCGUACCAUUAUCCGAUGCUUGGUCAGUUAGCUAACAGAACUACAGACGUCAAGAACUUUGUCUCUGCUUAA